UGCUGUUCGUAAGUCUGAGUCGACAUAUGCUUUGAAUGUUUUAACUAGACAUGCCGAACGCCGUCGCCGAAGGUGAUGGCCCAGGCGCAGCAGGCCCAGAGGCAGCAACCAGCCUUCUCGAAAGGCUUUGUUCCGAAUACAAAGAGCAAAUGGCUCAACUUGACAAGGAGAGGCAGUACGUUUGGGACAACAAGCAUCGAUUUCCACGGAAAGAUGCCACGUCCCAGCUGUUGCAUGGAGCUUGCGAAAAGCUGUUGAGGGAGAAGGCGGCCCUCGAGGAGCGUCGCUACGAGGAACACACAGCUGAACCGCACGUGCUGUUCCAGCGUCUCGGAGUUGAUUUCCACCGGAGGACUUCGGAGAAGGCCAGUGGGUUGCUACAGAACCUGCCCCGACGGCUUUCAGGUGUACAUGAGCGAGUUCGAUUUAGGCCUUCCUUGCGUUCGUUCUUUGGAGCCUGCUUUGGAGCGGCAUACAACGAAGCAGAUUUCCCGCACAAUUUGAGUUGCUGGAACGAUGCUCAACAUGUUUUUGUAUCCACUUACGAGGUGUUGAGGGACCGGAGUUUUGUCAGCGUCCACACAUCCGAUUUGGUCGUUGGAGAUAUCAUCUAUUUGCAGCGAAGUCUUCGUGCCCCCUGUGACCUCCGAGUGCUCACAGCUGCCGAGGACACGUUGGUGGAUGCUUCUUUUGGUAGCACGGCCCCGUGCGAAGUGCGACAUUGCACAUCGCAGUCUACAGCCAGUGAUCCCAGGGAGUCCAGCAACAUUAUCCUGAAGGGGAGUUUUCUUCUUCAAGGCUCCUUGCUUGGAGUUGUUCUUCGACCUCCACAGGAUCCGUUUCUUCGAAACAGUCUUCGAAGCAGUCUUCGGAGCAGCCUUCGAAGUCAAAAGGAUGGAGACUUCAUCUUGGACACCUCAGUUCCGGCUGGCAUGAAAUCAUCAGCGUGUCAGCGUGCUUAUGCGAGCUUGUGUGUGCGAGCAAGCUGCGUUUGCCGUUCCUUCGUAUCAAUGGCAGACUUGGCAUCUGUCAAGACCAUCAUCGUUUUCCUUUCCGAAGAGCUCUACGACCUUGCUGCAGUACGUGACAUGGUGCGUGCCAUGCACGAGUUGGGCAAGGCUGUGCUUUUUGUUGGCCACGAUUCUCAAGCCUUGGGACGUUGUGCCCAAGAAUGCAACUUGGAGUUCAUCGACUUUCGAGGCUCUCGAUCUUCUGCCAGCACGGGUGCACCUAGUCCCAGCGUGGACUCCUCCGGGUCGCAGCAUGACGAAAACCAUGGAAGUCCUGCCAACGUGAGGCCCCAUGAGCAUCCGGGUCCUGCUGAACGAGAAACUGACAACUGUGUAGCUGAUUUGGCGAAUUCCUGCGGAGACAAAAGGGCAUUUGGUGCCUGUUUGCAUGGUAUCUCAGAGGCUACUCUUUUACGCUUUUGCCGGCUACUGCAAGAACGGGGCACAAGUGUCCUGUAUGCUUCGAGUCAGGUCCAACCGCAGUUUCUACGCUGUGUGGUGCCACCAGUGCAGUGGGCAGUAAAUCGAACGCUGUCAGAGGAGCUCUCAACAUGUGCUUCAGCAACUUUCAGGAUGAGAUCGCACAGCAAUGACACUUCAGUUGCUCAUUGGCCAACAGCUGUCUCGCAGACAUCAUUUGUUGGUGGAACGUCAACGAGUCUGGACGCCCCGGAGGAGCAAGAAUGCACAGCCAAUACUUUGCCAGUUUUAGUGGUAUCAAUGAAUACAAAAGGAGUAUUGGCCGACCUCGCCAGCGCUGUGAUUCGAAAGCCUGAUCUCCGCUGCUUGGCGCUGGCUAUACAAAUUCUUUCGAAAGAAGUACUGGAACGCCAGGAAAGAUGAGCUCUGCUCUACUGACACAGAUUCGCUGCAAUGAACUCUUUUUGAUUUCCACAUAUUUCCGGCUUUGCUC